UUCAGAAGAAGAAUGACAGUUCUGCACUAAUGUGAAUGCUGGGCUUCUCAGACAUCUCCAAGUAUGAACUGAAGUGAGAUGAGAUAUUCAGCAAGAAUAUUCAACAUCAUCUCUUCAGAUAUCUUGGUCUUUAGAAUAAGCUGUCUGGGCUAACUAUCUCAUUGCUAUCUCAUUUGUUAAUUAUUAUCCAUAUCAAGAACAUGCAAUCCUCAAUAGGAGGGUUUUGUUUAAAAAUGACCAUUUGCCUGCUGUUACUAUUAACCAUUUCCAUACAUGUAAAUGGAUUUUUUGUGAAAAACUGCAAGGUUGUGGGCUCCUUAAAUAAAUCCAAUACUUUGAAAGUAUUUUGUACUAGGAAAGGACUUUACACUGUACCAGAAAAAUUACCCUACAGAACAAGAGUCCUGGACAUCUCCAGAAAUGAGAUCUCUAAAGUGAUGAAUAAUGAUUUACUACAUUUGUCCUUUCUCACCAAUCUGAAUAUGUCUUACAACCAGAUUAAGGUUGUCGAGGAACAUGCAUUCAGGAAUUUGGUGGCAUUGCAGCAGCUGAAUCUUGCCUACAACAAACUAACUACAAUCCCAGACAGACUCUUUCACAAUCUGUCUUACCUGACUUACCUUAGACUGGAUGAAAAUCGCAUUGCAAAGAUCAAUCCUUCUGUUUUUCUUCCUCUUACCAGUUUGGUAACCUUAAAUCUCUCUGGAAAUAGCCUACACCGUAUACAAGAAGUGCAACCUCUUUUCACAUUACCCUGUCUAAAGGACUUCUGCAUUAGGAGCAAUGGAUUUUACUCUUUUAAGACAACGGAAGUGUCCAACACAUCCUUACAACUCAAAACUCUGGAUUUGUCCCAAAAUCCUUUGAAAGUCUUCAGCAUCACUUCUAAUAUUUUUCCUGACCUUGAGAUUUUGGACCUGGCCUUCAUCAGUAGAAGUAUGAAAUGGGAUGUGAAGGACAACAGCUUUUUAAGGAAUGUCAAAAGACUCAAUUUAAAUGGUAUAAAAAUGGCAUCAGAGGAGAUGAAAGUGUUGCUGCAAACCUUUAGUUCUUCACUGGGUGUGUUGAAACUUGAACAAAUUGGAGAAGAGAAAGUAAAAGCAUUGGUUGAGCCUGCCUGUAUAAGUAACUCACCAAAAACUCUUCAGCUGCGGUUCAACAAUUUCACUUCCAUAUCAGAAAAAGAACUACAGCUUUGCACUAACGUGACAAUGCUGGACUUCUCAGACAACAAGGUCCAAAACGUAAGUAUACUCGCAUUCAGAUCAAUGAACAAACUCAGAAUUCUCAAUCUGUCUCACAACAAACUAAAGGCUGUUCCCAUCGCCAUUAGAAAUAUUUCCACCUUGGAAAUUCUAGAAAUCAGUUACAAUAACAUGACAAAAAUAACACGCUUAGAUUUUUUAAACCUUAAGAAAUUGUUAACACUUCAUGUUUACAGAAAUGAUCUGCGAGUUGUCGAAGAUUUUGCCUUUCAAGACCUUAAGAACUUAAGGUCCCUCAUUAUGAGUUCGAACAAAUUGCUAAAUAUAAAUGUCAAACUCUGGUUUGGCCUUUGUAAAUUGGAGUAUUUGCAGUUGGCAAGUAAUAAACUGAGCUGGAUUCAGAGAGGCGAUUUUAAAUAUUUACAAAGCUUGACAAGACUAGAUUUAGAUGACAACCAAAUCCAAAUGAUAGCGAUUGGGGCCUUUGAUGGUUUAGUCUGUUUAAAAUUCCUCAACCUACAAUCAAAUAAGAUCACCCAGAAAUCAAUAAGUUCUUCUGUUUUUUCAGGACUUAAACGUUUACAAACUCUUCAGUUAAACAACAAUUACAUAUCUUAUGCGAGCCAAAAGAGGCUCAAAAGACCACUCUUUACAUCUCUAACCUCUUUGAAGUUUCUGAGUAUUUACAGUCAAGGCCACAAUGGGAUGAUGAAUAUCCCUUUAAAUUUCUUGGAAGGACUGAAUUCUUUAAGGACUUUCAAGGCACGAAAUCUCAACAUUGACUCUGUACAUCCUCUCACAUUCGCUCCAACACCUAAUCUUACAUUUCUGGACCUCAGUAGAAAUGAACUGAUUUCUCUUUCCUCAAAGGUUUUUAUGCCUAUUCAACAUCUUACCAGACUUUCUAUGAGCAAAACUGGGUUGCAAUCGAUUGACUUUCUUAGGAAAGCAAACCUCACUGAGAUGCAGAUGUUGACGAUACAGAAAAAUGCCUUAUCGUUCAUUAAUGACACUGUGAUAUCUUCCCUUCCAAAUUUAGUUUACCUCAGCAUGGAAGGGAAUGUGUUUUCUUGUGAUUGCACCAAUGCUUGGUUCAUUAAGUGGGCAGAAAUCAGCAAUAAUACGCAAGUUUUAAAUGCAGAUCAAUUCAAAUGCAACUUUCCACCCAAACUCAGAGGAAGUAAACUUUUUAAGCUUGACAUCAAUUCAUGCGUUGUGGAUGUAGAAUUCUACUGUUUUAUUUCUUCUGCCACUGUAGUCCUUCUAACAAUGAUUGGUGCCUUACUUUACCACUUCCUGAGAUCACAAGUUGUCUAUGCCUAUUACAUUUUACUGGCAUUUGUCUAUGACAGCAAACAGCAGAGAAAGCAAAAGGCUGACAGUUUUCAAUAUGAUGCUUUCAUUUCUUACAAUACCCAUGAUGAAUUAUGGGUCAUGAGUGAGCUGUUACCUCAGCUAGAAGGAGAGCAGGGUUGGAGUUUAUGUUUGCAUCACAGGGACUUCCAACCAGGCAAGCCAAUUAUAGAGAAUAUUGUAGACAGCAUUUAUGGCAGUCGCAAAACUAUCUGUGUGAUCAGUCACCACUAUCUAGAGAGUGAGUGGUGCUCCAGUGAGAUCCAGCUGGCCAGUUUCCGAAUCUUCGAUGAAAAGAAGGAUAUUCUCAUCUUGGUAUUCCUAGAGGAUAUUCCAACACAUCAACUGUCUCCGUAUUAUAGGAUGAGGAGACUUGUAAAGAAAAGGACUUACCUCAGCUGGCCCAAACCAGGAAAGGACACUCAAGUCUUCUGGCAGAAACUGAGAGUGGCUCUGGAGACCAGAGUGGCUGAAGAAGAGAAUUUUAUUCUGUAAGUUCUAGUGGGCCAGUGAUCAAAGCAGUUACUGUAAUGUGAGGAAACUGCAGUGACCUUGGUAUAAUGGUCAAAGCAGUUGAGAAAGUAUAGUGGGUGACAUCAUUGCCCUCCAGUGGCAGAGUGGGGUUUGAUUCAUUGCCUGAGCAAGCACAUCAUGCUACAUCAUGCUAGACCACAGAUGUUCAUGGCUAAGGGUUCAUGACCUUCAACACUGACCAUUUGCUUCAACAAUGAAUAAAACCGAUACUUCAUUAUUCUUGUUUUGCUUGGAUUUGGACGGGAACAUUUGGGUUCAUUUAGUAAGAUUUUUACACUACAGUGGUCUCCGAAACCAGGGCAGAUGUGGUUUAGACUGCAAAUGUGAGCCCAGCCAUCAAAGUCUACUAUUUUCUGCUGAUCCUUUUCUUUCUUAAUGUUGCUCUUCCAUGUGCCAUGCCAUAAAUUCCUGCUCUGUGUACUGUGAGGACUGUGUGUUUCAAAUUGUUUGAAGGGUAUAAGGCACAUGUGGCAGGAUCCAUUCCUUGUGGGCCAAAACAUUGCAGACUUCAGCACGCUGUCUCAUUAACACCUGAUUCAGCUCAUCAGCUAAUUAGCAAGGCCUUCUUGAAAACGUUGAUCUCCGCAGUACUUUGGCCCGGAAGGUCCCCAGUUUGACAUGCCUGGUAUAAGGUGUGCAUAAAAUGCUAUUAUUUGUUGAUUGUAGGUAAUCAGUGAUGCAUCAUAGGUGCCUAUCACAUUUACUUGAUUACUGUUUGAUGUCAUUAUUGCUCCUACAGCGGUGAAAGUCAUUGCUUAGCAAUAGUGUCACAGUGGAGUGCUACAGUGUUUGUGAAAAACUGUAUUUUCGCCAUAACAGCAUGGUUAGAAUGCUUCUCUACCAAGCAGUUUGUGUUGUAUAAUACCUGUUUUUUUGCUACUUGCCCUGUAUUGCUGCUGGUUGUUUCACUCUUGGCUUAAUAAUACAUUUAGUUAACUGCCUAUUGUCACCAGCUGUAAAAGUUUAAAAUCACUUUUCAAUUAUAUAUAUAUCAUUUUAUAAGAUACCUGUGUAAAAAAUAACUAAUAUGAGACUACAACUGCAACACUUGAGUUUGAACAAAUUAAUUUGAACAAACAAGCCAUAAAAAUAAAGACAUGUGAUGGAAGGAUGAACAGAGUUGUAGAUUAUUCUAAAUUAUCCAAGGAAGCAUAUUCAGAAUGGCUCAUGUAGAUAACUCAUGUAGAUAGAUUUCAAAUAACCUUUAGAUAAUUUAAUACCUUCUUGGGUUGCCAGAAAAAUUAUUAUAUUGAAUAAAAGAAUCUUUAAGUACCUUCUGAUUAUCGAAUAAAAUGACAGCAGUCAUUAAUAAGAUUUUUAAUAAUAAGAUUAUUAAUAAGAUUAAUAAGAUAAGUAAUUCCAAACCUUUGAAUGCUGGUGGUCCCAACCUGUGAGCCAUUUUUCCAACAUUUUAACUUUCUACUUGAGAUAACUGUAUUCAUGACACUUGGAAUCCAAGACAACACAGCUGGCCCUGGUCCCCCUCUCCCUCUGUCCCUCAAGGUGCAUUCAAUAUGUACAGACUUGAUCAGUGAAGCUUGUUGAUGACCAAACCAAAUGUUGCAUACAAAAACUAAAACAUCUGUUUUCUUCCUUGUAAGCUUGCGGCACUUUUUACUGUUAUGUUAUACAGAUGUUAACUGUAAUUUUUAAAAUUUGUAAGAUUUAAACUGAAACAAUAAACCUCAUUGACUGUGUGAUUGUACUUGGCACUCUUACUGCAACUCCUCUGUACCAUAAUGCUUAUUUGCACAACUGUACAAUGUUUUUUUUUUUUUUACAAAUAUUCAUAUCAUUCUGUAAAAUAUUGUAAUAAAUACUAGUUAUUAUAUGUCUCCCCAGACCCUGCUCAUAUGUACAUAUCACAUUUUUGUCUCCUACAUUGGCCUCACAAUAUAUACUCUCUUAUUCUUUAUAUUCUUAAUUAUUUUUUUCUAUUUUUAUUUUAAGUUGUUAAUCUUACUUGUAUAUAUAUUGUAUUUUCUUUUAUAAUAUUAGAUAAUAGUCUAUGUUAUGUGUCUGGUCUGUUUAGUAUUUAUGUGUCUGUUUAGUUACAUGUAAUACUUCUGUGCACCCAUUAAGUCAAAUUCCUCAUAUGUGUAACAUACUUGGUGAAAUAAAGUGAUUCCGACUUGGA